AUGAGUGGCCACACCUUGCCUCCUCUUCCCGUCCCAGGCACCAACAGCACGGAGCAGGCCAGCGUCCCCAAAGCCAUGGCAGCCACGUUGGGAGCCAGCACGCUCCCCAGGCCCCAGGCCAGGAGCAUAGCUGGGGUGUAUGUGGAGGCCUCAGGCCAGGCCCAGAGUGUCUACACUGCCAUGGAGCAGGGCCUUCUGCCUCCUGGGCUUGGGCUGGCUCUGCUAGAGGCCCAGGCGGCCACCGGGGGUCUGGUGGAUCCCACCCAGGGCCAGCUGCUCUCUGUGUCCAAGGCCCUGCAGCAGGGCCUGGUGGGGCUGGAGCUGAAGGAGAAGCUGCUGAUGGCUGAGCGUGCCGCUACGGGCUACCCUGACCCCUACGGGGGUGAGAAGCUGGCCCUCUUUCAAGCCAUCGGGAAGGAGGUUGUGGACACGGCCCUGGGGCAGAGCUGGCUGGAGGCCCAGCUGGCCACUGGGGGCCUGGUGGAUCCUGCCCGGGGCAUGCUUGUGGCCCCUGAGCCAGCCUGCCACCAGGGCCUCCUGGACCGGGAGACAUGGCACAAGCUGUCAGAGCUUGAGCCUGGCACAGGCGUCCUGCGCUUCCUCGACCCCAACACGCUGGAGCGGCUGACGUACCACCAGCUGCUGGAAAGGUGUGUGCGGGCCGCCGGCUCGGGGCUAGCCCUGCUGCCCCUCAAGAUCACCUUCCACUCUGAGGGCGGGGCAGUGAGUGCAGCCGAGCUGCUGGAGGUGGGCAUCCUGGACGAGGAGGCUGUGCGGGGUCUGCAGGAGGGCAGGCUGGCCACAGCGGACGUGAGUGCACGUGCCGAGGUGCGGCGCUACCUGGAGGGUACCGGCAGCGUGGCCGGGGUUGUCCUGCUGCCCGAAGGCCAAAAGAAGAGCUUCUUCCAGGCUGCUACCGAGCACCUGCUCCCAAUGGGCACUGCACUGCCACUCCUAGAGGCCCAGGCUGCCACCCACACCCUAGUGGACCCCACCACAGGCCAGCGGCUGUGGGUAGACGAGGCAGUCAGGGCGGGCCUGGUCAGCCCAGAGCUCCACGAGCAGCUCCUGGUGGCCGAGCAGGCCGUGACAGGGUACCACGACCCCUUCAGUGGCUCCCAAAUCCCCCUCUUCCAGGCCAUGAAGAAGGGGCUAGUGGACAGGCCACUGGCACUGCGGCUCCUGGAUGCCCAGUUGGCCACAGGCGGGCUGGUCUGUCCAGCACGCAGGCUCCGGCUGCCCCUGGAGGCCGCCCUGCGCUGCGGCUGCCUGGAUGAAGACACUCAGCGACAGCUCUCGCAGGCUGGCGGCUUCUCAGACCCUGGCACGCACGGUGGCCUGCGCUAUGAACAGCUGCUGGCCCGCUGUGUCACUGACCCAGAGACUGGGCUCGCCUUCCUGCCACUCUCAGGGGGACCCCGGGGAGGGGAGCCCCAGGGACCCCCAUUCAUCAAGUACAACACUCGGCAGGCCCUGAAUGCAGCUACAACCACCAUCUCCGUGGGGAAGUUCCGGGGCCGGCCCGUGUCCCUCUGGGAGCUGCUCUUCUCUGAGGCCAUCCCCGCAGAGCAGAGGGCAAUGCUGGCCCAGCAGCACCAGGAAGGGGCCCUCUCCGUGGAGAAGAUGGCCGCUGAGCUGAGCGCCACCCUCCAGCAGGCUGCAGCCACUGCCAGGGUCACCUUUUCUGGGCUGAGGGACACCGUGACACCAGGAGAGCUGCUGAAAGCCGAGAUCAUCGACCAGGACCUGUACGAGCGGCUGGAACAUGGACAGGCCACAGCCCAGGAUGUGGGCAGCCUGGCCUCGGUGCAGAGGUACCUGCAGGGUACAGGCUGCAUUGCUGGCCUGCUGCUCCCCGGCUCCCAGGAACGCCUGAGCAUCUAUGAGGCCCGAUGCAAGGGGCUCCUCCGGCCCGGCACUGCCCUCAUCCUUCUGGAGGCACAAGCUGCCACGGGCUUCAUCAUCGACCCGAAAGCAAACAAGGGGCACUCCGUUGAGGAGGCACUGAGGGCUGGUGUCAUUGGGCCCGAUGUGUUCACGAAGCUGCUGUCGGCUGAGCGCGCCGUCACUGGCUACACCGACCCCUACACCGGGCAGCAGAUCUCCCUCUUCCAGGCCAUGCAGAAAGGCCUCAUCGUCCGGGAGCACGGCAUCCGCCUGCUGGAGGCCCAGAUCGCCACGGGCGGCGUCAUCGACCCCGUGCACAGCCACCGCGUGCCCGUGGACGUGGCCUACCGGCGCGGCUACUUCGAUCAGAUGCUGAACUUGAUCCUAUUGGACCCUUCUGAUGACACCAAGGGCUUCUUCGACCCCAACACACACGAGAACCUCACGUACCUGCAGCUUCUGGAGCGCUGCGUGCGUGACCCCGAGACGGGCCUGUACCUCCUGCCACUCAGCGGCAUGCAGUCUCCGCUGGUGGAUGGUGCCACCCGGCAGGCCUUCCAGAACCUGCUGCUCUCCGUGAAGUACGGGCGGUUUCGGGGGCAGAGGGUCUCUGCGUGGGAGCUAGUCAACUCUGAGUACUUCAGCGAGGGCCGCAGGAGGCAGCUGCUGCGUGGCUACCGGCGGCGUGAGGUCACACUGGGGCAGGUGGCACAGCUGCUGGAGGCAGAGACGCAGAGACAGGCGGACGUCAUGCUGCCCGCACUGCGGGGCCAGGUCACCAUCCACCAGCUCCUGGAGGCCCGUAUCAUUGACCAGCACCUGUUGGACCAAGUGCUGGCCAGGACAGUCAGCCCCGAGGCACUCCUACUCAUGGAUGGCGUCCGCAGGUACCUGUGCGGCCUGGGAGCUGUGGGCGGCGUGCGGCUGCUGCCCUCCGGCCAGCGGCUUAGCCUCUAUCAGGCCAUGAGGCGGAAGCUGCUGGGGCCCAGUGUGGCCCUGGCCCUGCUGGAGGCUCAGGCAGCCACCGGAGCCAUCGUGGACCCUCACAGCCUGGAGAGCCUCUCGGUGGACGAGGCCGUGCGCAGGGGUGUGGUGGGGCCGGAGCUGUAUGGCAGGCUGAAGCGGGCUGAGGGUGCCAUCACUGGCUUCAGAGACCCCUUCUCUGGGAAGCAGGUGUCUCUGUUCCAGGCCAUGAAGAAAGGUCUCCUCUCUUGGGAGCAAGCUGUCCGCCUCCUGGAGGCUCAGGUGGCCACGGGAGGGGUCAUUGACCCCACUGGCCACCACCACCUCCCCAUGCCAGUGGCCAUUCAGCAUGGCUGUGUUGACCAGGAGAUGGAGACAGCCUUGUCCAGCUCCUCCGAGACCUUCCCCACACCCGACGGCCAGGGACGCACCAGCUAUGCCCGGCUCCUGGAGCAGUGCCCCAGGGAUGAGGCUUCUGGCCUUCACCUCCUGCCCCUGCCAGAAAGUGCUCCUGUCCUCUCCACCGAGGAGCAAGUCCAGAAGAGCCUGCAGGCCAUGCCGGGGGCUGAGGACGGCACAUCCCUCUGGGACCUGCUCAGCUCCUGCCACUUCACUGAGGAGCAACGGAGGGGCCUGCUGGAGGACGUGCAGGAGGGGAGGACCACUGUGCCACAGCUGCUAGCCUCUGUGCAGAGGUGGCUACAGGAGACUAAGCUCCUGGCCCAAGCUCAUGUCAUGGUGCCCGGCCCACGGGGUGAGAUCCCCGCCGUCUGGCUGCUGGAUGCUGGCAUCAUCACCCAGGAGACCCUUGAGGCCCUGGCUCAGGGCACACAGUCGCCUGCCCAGGUCGCUGAGCAGCCGGCGGUGAAGGCCUACCUGUGGGGCACAGGCUGCGUGGCUGGUGUGCUGCUGCAGCCCUCUGGAGCCAAGGUCAGUAUCGCCCAGGCCAUGAGGGACGGCCUCCUGCCCACAGGCCUGGGCCAGAGGCUGCUGGAAGCCCAGGUGGCAUCUGGCUUCCUUGUUGAUCCCCUGAACAACCAGAGACUGUCGGUGGAGGACGCGGUUAAGGUCGGCCUGGUGGGCAGGGAGCUGAGUGAGCAGCUUGGGCAGGCCGAGAGGGCAGUGGCCGGGUACCCAGAUCCCUACUCUGGGGGCUCCCUCUCUCUGUGGCAGGCCAUGGAGAAGGGACUCGUGCCACAGAACGAGGGCUUGCCCCUCCUGCAGGUGCAGCUGGCCACAGGGGGUGUGGUGGACCCUGUCCACGGGGUGCACCUGCCCCAGGCAGCAGCCUGCAGACUCGGCCUUCUGGACACACAGAUGAGCCAGGUGCUAACAGCAGUUGACAAGGACAACAAGUUCUUCUUUGACCCCAGUGCGCGGGACCAGGUGACCUACCAGCAGCUCAGGGAGCGCUGCGUGUGCGACUCCGAGACUGGCUUGUUGCUGCUGCCACUGCCCUCAGACACAGCACUUGAGGUGGACGACCACACUGCGGUGGCUCUUAGGGCCAUGAAGGUGCCCGUCAGCACAGGGAGGUUUAAGGGGUGUAGUGUGUCGCUCUGGGACCUGCUGCUCUCCGAGUACGUCUGUGCUGACAAGCGGCGGGAGCUGGUGGCACUCUGUCGGUCUGGGAGGGCUGCAGCCCUGCGGCAGGUGGUCAGCGUGGUCACUGCCCUGGUCGAGGAUGCAGAGAGGCAGCCCCUGCAGGCCACCUUCAGAGGGCUCCGGAAGCAGGUGUCAGCCAGGGACCUGUUCAGGGCACAGCUCAUCAGCAGGAAGACGCUGGACGAGCUGAGCCAGGGGACGAUGACGGUGAAGGAGGUGGCGGAGACGGACAGCGUGAGGCAGUUCCUGGAGGGAGGCAAUUUCAUUGCCGGGGUCCUUGUCCAGGGCACCCAGGAGAGGAUGAGCAUCCCAGAAGCCCUGAGGAGGCACAUCCUGCGGCCUGGCACAGCUCUGGUACUGCUGGAGGCACAGGCAGCUACUGGCUUCAUCAUCGACCCCGUGGAGAACCGGAAGCUGACCGUGGAGGAGGCGUUCAAAGCAGGGAUGUUUGGCAAAGAAACCUACGUGAAGCUGCUGUCGGCCGAGCGCGCCGUCACCGGCUACACCGACCCCUACACCGGGCAGCAGAUCUCCCUCUUCCAGGCCAUGCAGAAAGGCCUCAUCGUCCGGGAGCACGGCAUCCGCCUGCUGGAGGCCCAGAUCGCCACGGGCGGCGUCAUCGACCCCGUGCACAGCCACCGCGUGCCCGUGGACGUGGCCUACCGGUGUGGCUACUUUGAUGAGGAGCUGAACCGCGUCCUGGCGGACCCCAGCGACGACACCAAGGGCUUCUUUGACCCCAACACACACGAGAACCUCACGUACCUACAGCUUCUGGAGCGCUGCGUUGAGGACCCCGAGACGGGCCUGUACCUGCUACAAAUCAUAAAGAAAGGAGAAACCUACGUGCAUAUCAGUGAGGCCAUGAGACAUGAGUUGCAAUCUAGAACUGCAAAAAUGCGCGUGGGGAGGUUUGCUGACCAGGUGGUCUCUUUCUGGGACCUGCUGUCCUCUCCAUACUUCACAGAGGACAGGAAGCGGGAGCUCAUCCAGGAGUAUGGAACCCAGAGUGGGGGCCUGGAGAAAUUGCUGGAAAUCAUUACCAAGACAAUUGAAGAAACAGAGACGCAAAACCAAGGCAUCAAGGUGGCGGCCAUCAGAGGGGAGGUGACAGCUGCAGAGCUGUUCAACUCCGGGGUCAUCGAUCAGAAGACCCUGCAUACCCUUCGUGCGGGGAGGACUGGGGGACAAGCACUCAGCACACUGGAGUGUGUAAAGCCUUACCUGGAAGGCAGCGGCUACAUUGCAGGGGUGAUGGUGCCCUCCACCAGGGAGGUCAUGAGCCUUCAUGAGGCCAGCAGGAAGGAGCUCAUCCCUGUAGGAUUUGCGACUUGGCUGCUGGAGGCACAGGCCGCGACUGGGUUCCUCCUGGACCCCUGCACCCACCAGAGGCUCUCCGUGGACGAGGCUGUGGAUGUGGGCCUGGUGAGCGAGGAGCUACGGGAGAGGCUCCUGAAGGCCGAAAGGGCUGCCACGGGCUACAGGGAUCCAGCCACGGGAGACACAAUCCCACUGUUCCAGGCCAUGCAGAAGCAGCUCAUUGAGAACGCAGAGGCACUGAGGUUGCUGGAGGUGCAGGUGGCCACGGGGGGUGUCAUCGACCCACUGCACCACCACCGGCUCCCACUGGAAACCGCCUACAGACGUGGCUGUCUGAAAGAGGACAUCUAUGCGCUCAUUUCUAACCAGAAGCACAUGAGGAAACGGUUUGUGGACCCGAACACGCAGGAGAAGGUCUCCUACCGAGAGCUGCAGGAGAGGUGCCACCCGCAAGAGGACACUGGCUGGGUGCUCUUCCCAGUGAACAAGGAUGCACGGGACUCCGAAUACAUAGACGACAAGACGAGAAGGGCCCUGGAGGCAGAGCAAGUGGAAAUAACAGUGGGAAGGUUCAGAGGUAAGAAGCCAACACUGUGGGCACUGCUGAAUUCAGAAUACGUGACGGAGGAGAAGAAGCUCCAGCUGGUGAGGAUGUACAGAAUGGACACGAGCCGGGCACUGCAGAAGGUAGCACAGCAGAUCUCAGACAUGAUUGAGAAGCAGGAAAACAGCAACAAACAACUGUGGUUCCAAGGAAUUAGAAGACAGAUCACAGCCUCUGAACUUCUCAGCUCAGCCAUAAUCACGGAGGAAAUGCUCCGGGAUCUGGAAACAGGGCGGAGCACGACACAACAGCUCCGGGAGGAUGACCGCAUCAAGCGCUACCUGGAGGGCACCAGCUGCAUCGCGGGCGUCCUGGUGCCCGCCAAGGACAAGCCCGGCCGCCAGGAGAAGAUGAGCAUCUACCAGGCCAUGUGGAAGGGCGUGCUGCGGCCCGGCACGGCCCUGAGACAGGCUACAGCGGCGCAGCAGAUCUCCCUCUUCCAAGCCAUGCAGAAGGACCUCAUCGUCCGGGAGCACGGCAUCCGCCUGCUGGAGGCCCAGAUCGCCACGGGCGGCGUCAUCGACCCCGUGCACAGCCACCGCGUGCCCGUGGACGUGGCCUACCGGCGCGGCUACUUCGACGAGGAGAUGAACCGCGUCCUGGCGGACCCCAGCGACGACACCAAGGGCUUCUUCGACCCCAACACACACGAGAACCUCACGUACAUGCAGCUGCUGCAGAGGGCCACUCCGGACCCUGAGACGGGGCUCCUGUUUCUUUCUCUCUCUCUGCAGUGACUCGGCUUCCUUUGCAAUUUUCUGCAACUCUGGAGAAACUGUGGCGUAAUUUU